AAUCUCUUUUUUUGUGAAUGAGCGGUGCUCGCUUGAUGAUUCUUCAGAGAUGCGGAGAGGAUUACAGACAUCUGUCAGCCUACACAAUUAUAGACACCAUAUAAUUCGUCACCCACCCUAGGCUACGUACUGUAUUCAGGAGAAGGAAGAAGAGUAGACUAGGGACUCUACUACAUACUCAUAUCAGAGAGAGAGAAGAGCACCACCAUGUCAUCUUCAUUCUCAGACACUCUCCAGUUCCGUUUCUCCAGCCCAGUCCACGAUGACUCCAUCCUGCAAAAGAUGAGCCUGCUGAGAGAGGACCGACGCUUCUGUGACGUCACCCUCGUCCUCGGAUCAGGGUCGUUCCGCUUCCCGGGUCACCGGGUGGUCCUGGCGGCCUCCUCUGCCUUCCUCCGGGACCAAUUCCUGCUGCACGAGGGGAGCCGGGAGCUGCUGGUGACUGUGGUGCCCAGUGCGGAGGUAGGCCAUCGGCUGCUCCUGUCCUGUUACACAGGCCACCUGGAGGUCCCUCUGAGGGAGCUGGUCAGCUAUCUGACGGCAGCGAGCGCACUGCAGAUGAGCCACGUGGUGGAGAGGUGUGCCCAGGCCGUCUCUCAGUACCUGGACCCCACCCUUGCCCACCUGAAGCUGGAGAGGAGCCCAGAGACCGAGGGAACCCCUCUACCACCACCAGACAGCGUUAAACCCCAACCCAGCUCAGCAAGUCUGGACGAGGGGGAGAUGGAGGGGGAGACCCAGGAGGACCCAGAGGACAGGGACCACAGCCUGGCCUCAGAAGACACUCCUGACAGUGUCCACAUGGUACACGCUAACAGCCCGUACGCUAACAGCACGUACGCUAACAGCACGUACACUAACAGCACGUACCCUUACAGCCCGUACCCUUACCCGACGGGCGCACACAGACGCAAGCAGCGCCCGCCCACGCCAUGCAGAGAGUAUAGGAAGAGGACCUUCUCCCCAGCAGGAAGUCCUGCCCACAGCAGUUCAGGAUUGGCUGACAGCUCCCAGGACCAGGAAGUGGACGGGGACUCUGGAGAGGACAUAUACAUGCUUGCUGCUCGUCAUAUGCAGGGCGUUGGGGGCGGGUCUCCCGAGUCCUCCUUUAGAGUUCUGACGGGGGCAGAGUUUUCAGGACGGGGACAGGAGAUGCUCCUCCAGAGACCCUACCUGUGCAGGAAGUGUGACCGAGGGUUCCACCACCUGGACAGCUACGUGGGACACCUAAAGGAACACAGGCUCUACCCGUGUCUUCUCUGUGGGAAGAGCUUCAGCCAGAAAAGCAACCUGACCCGACACAUCAGGGUUCACACAGGGGUCAAGCCUUUCCAGUGCCCGCUUUGCCACAAGACCUUUUCCCAGAAGGCCACACUGCAAGACCACCUUAACCUCCACACAGGGGACAAGCCACACAAGUGCAACUACUGCGCCAUCCACUUCGCACACAAACCAGGCCUCCGGCGCCACCUCAAGGACAUCCAUGGCAAGAGCAGCCUUCAGAACAUGUUUGAGGAGGUGGUGUGAGCCUGGGAGCUGCUGGACUUCUGCAGCAAGAGACUUCGGAGUUAAGCAUACCAGUGCCUAAAUGAAAACUACAAAGAAUUUGAACAACAAAAAAUUCAAACUACAGAGAAUUAGAACUACAAAGAAUUAAAACUACAGAGAAUUAGAACUCCAAAGAAUUAAAACUACAGAGAAUUAGAACUACAAAUAAUUAGAACUACAAAUAAUAAGAACUACAAAGAAUUAGAACUACAAAGAAUUAGAACUACAAAGAAUUUAAACUAAAAACAAUUAGAACUACAAAGACAAGGAGGAAACUAGUGUAAAUGUAUUGCACUCAAUGUGUACAUAUGCCAGUAUAUAUUCAACUUGUCUGCCUCUUUAAUGAUGUAGCUAGAGAUUUAGCACAGACCCAUGUCUAAAUGAAAACUAUGUAGAAGAACAGGCCAGGAGGGAGAAGUAGACUAAACUAGAGUGGAUUGAAAAGAUAUUGAAAUGACCAACUGAAGAUGAUCUUCCACUAGUUUGCCUCUUUCCUAAUGUGAUGUUUUUGCACUUUAUUUUCUCCCCCCAUCCAGACACUCUUAAUGAGUGUUUUGAUGGACUAUCACAGGAACAUACAGAAUCAGUCAACAAACUGUAGCUACAUCACUGCUAUUUAUAUUUUUGUGCAUUAGAGUGUGUACCCACAAGUGUGUGUGUAUUGUGUGUGUGUAUUUGUAUGUGUGUGUGUGUGUGUAUUUGCGUGUGUGUGUUUAUUUGUGUGUGUUUAUUUGUGUGUGUGUAUUUGUUUGUGUGUGUGUGUGUGUGUGUGUGUGUGUGUGUGUGUGUGUGUGUGUGUGUGUGUGUGUGUGUGUGUGUGUGUGUGUGUGUGUGUGUGUGUGUGUGUGUGUGUGUGUAUUUGUGUGUGUGUGUGUGUACUGUAAGAGAAAUGUGUCCACCUGUCUGUGUUUCCUUACGAUAGAUAUCUGUCUGUGUUUCUUUACGAUAGAUAUCUGUCUGUGUUUCUUUACGAUAGAUAUCUGUCUGUGUUUCUUUACGAUAGAUAUCUGU